AUGUCGCGGGAAUGGUUUUCCAAGGCUCUUCUCCACGUCAAAUUCGAGGCCGAGAAUAACCAUGGGUGCGCCCGGCAGGAAACCCCCACUAAACCUUGCGCAUCGCUGCAAGCUUUCCACGCCGACCUCACUGAAGCUAUUGGCCAAUCAGAGCAUCUGUGCGCCAUUACGGCGAGCCGCGAGACUGCCAAACUCUUUCAGCCUUGCUGUGUGUACCUUUGCCCAGCAUUCAAAGACGUUGUCGCGACACACACCACAUCAACACCCUCCACGCCUAUCCCCAUCAGACUGCCGCCCAUCAUGUCGACCGAUCCUAAGAUCCAGGAGCUUCUCACCAAGUCGCGCAACGAGUUGACCGAGUACGAAAUCGCACAGCUCGAAGAGCACGAGUUCAGCGCCGGACCCCUUUCCAUCCUCCAGACCGCCGUCCGUAGCCACACCCAGGUCCUCAUCUCCAUCAGAAACAACCGAAAGCUCCUUGCGCGCGUCAAGGCCUUUGACAGACACUGCAACAUGGUUCUGGAGAACGUCAAGGAAAUGUGGACAGAGACGCCGCGCCUGGCCAACGGCAAGAAGGGUCGUCCCGUGAACAAGGACCGCUUCAUCAGCAAGAUAAAUCCAACAAUCGCGGAUGAGAAGGAGUUGAGCGUGUUGGUCUUGUUAUGCGGCCCCUCUACGAUAAUCAUCUGGGCCAUACACAAUAACGUUGAAACCGAGAAAACGGGGAGAACAAAGGGACUGCACUAUCCGGCCACACGAAGAAUAUGCCUCAACAAGAUGAAUUGGGACCGUGAACGAGGCGCGCUUGGUUUGGUGACAACUUGGCGCAUGCUCACCGUGCCAUACCGCGUUGAAGACAAAAUGGAUCAAUUGGGUUCUUUCAUUUUCUCCCUGACUCUUUGA